AACUAGCAAACAUGUUUUGGAAGGUGAGGUGGAUGAACCAAUCAGAUCUGACGGAUGUGGCGGAAUGUAGGACAAGUGGUGAAUCUGGUACAUGUGCUGCUACUGUUUCUUCAGUCAGUCAGAACUGCUGAGGAGGAGAAGCCGGACCAGUGAAGCACAUGAAGAUGAGGCUUUACUUUGUGAAUGUUCUCCUGUUCUGGCCUUUGUGUGCAGCAGAAAUUUCUCAGCCUGUUCCUUUCCAAACAGUGAAGCUUGGAAACCCGGCUACUAUAGAAUGCCACGUAAAGAGUAGCCUGAACAAAAGAGUGUGGUACAAAUUCACCACAGGGAUGGGACUGCAGCUUGUGGUAGCAUUCGAUAAUUUCUAUAAUCGGAGUAUAUUUCCUGAGGAAUCUCAGCGCCGUUAUUCAGUGAAAUUUGACAAAAUCAAUAGCCAUCUCCACAUUUCAGCAACAACAUGGGAAGACGUUGGAACAUACUUCUGUGGAGUCAAGGACUUAAACGAGAUUCAAUUUGGAUCGGGAACCUUUUUGACGCUGGAAGGUGCGAACCCGAUCAGGGACUCUACCGUCCAGCAGCGGGAGUCUGGACCCGUUCAGCCAGGAGACUCUGUGACUCUCAGCUGUUCUGUUCACACAGGCCGCUUUGCAGCCGAACACAUGAGUGUUACGUGGCUCAAAAUCUCUCAUCCCUCUGCUCCACAAAUCUACUACUCUGGAAAUAAGAGCUGCGAGAGGACCGAGAGUGGAGAGACUAGCUGUGUGUACGAACUUCUCCUGAGGAACCUCAGCUCUGAUGAUGCUGGAACCUUCUACUGUGUCCUGACGUCAUGUGGACAUACGCUGUUUGGAAACGGGACCAGGAUUAUUGUUCACAAAAGCGCUGACACCAAACUAUCUGAACCGAGUCCAACUGUGAUUGCUUUGAUGCUGUCAAACAUCAUUCUGGGGAUUGUGACACUCAUCCUUAUCUGGAAACUUUGCAAGACUCAGAGGAAAGAUUCCACCGAGGCAACAGAUGGAUCUUCUGAAGGCAAUCAGACUACUGAUACAGUAACCUAUGCACCUGUGUGUUUGGCCCCUAGACGCUUCCCCACCAGACAAGCUAGAGGUGAAUACUGUGAAGACUCCGUAGUGUAUUCCAACCUCAGAUACUGUCAACAGAACCGACAGUUGCAACUGUAGCAACGCUAGUUAAUAGAUUAAACUUUUGCAGUAGCCGGUCUCCAAAAAUCUACCUAUUUAAAGAAUGACCUCAGUGCCUAACUCCAAGUCUCCCAGAGUUGCGGCCAAAGCCGAUUCAAAAGACCCCUGUUCGCCAGCAGCCAUCUUGUUUGUUGUCAAGUAGCAGGGAAUUCACGCGGAACCGUCUCAACUCUGCUGUUGUUAUGUUAAGCCCGCCCACCAACUAUACACAAUGUGAUUACAUUUGCUGCCGCUAGAGUGCAUCUACAUUUGUAGGCUAGACUGAAGGAGUAGGAAUGCCUGAAUGUACUGACCCAUAAUUCCGACAGCUUUAUAGUAUAACAAGUAAUCAUAUGUGUGUUUUUGUGCCUUGCUGUGUUAAAUGUGGACAUUCGCCCUCUGUCCAUGGUGCUGAAAUACGUACCAAAAUAGAUGAAAGGCAUUGUCACAGAUAGUUGCAUUUGUCUUCCGGGUCUAAGAGAGACACCAGACUAUUUAGCUGUCAAAAUAAUAAGCUGAUCGAUGGAAUGGCAGCUCACCUUCCUGUCAUUAUGUUCUUUCUACAGCUUUAUAUAGCAUCCGACUUACCAUGCUGGAUUUACGGCACGUAAUUUUUUCCUAACACCCGACCAUGUUUGUGAAAUCGGUCGCUCUCUCCUGUAGCCAUUUCUCCUUGCUCACGCUCUGGCUGGGCACCUGAGGUAACCAUGGUACCGUUGUUACAUCAUAAAUGUAAAAAAUAAAUGACUUUAGAGCACAUUGAGUCAAGAGCAGAUGUACUGCAGGGGCUCAAUUUAUUUUAUUUUGUGGGGUGCGCUAGCAAGCCAUUUUUGUGCGCAUAUUCCCGAAACCCUUAAAUUACGUAAAGUUUCACCAAAAUUGAUGCAACCGUCAGUUUUGGUGAAUUUUUCAGAAUGUUAAGCCCCUCAAAGUCUAAGCAGAUGA